AUGUCUCACACCGGCGGUAACCUCUCUGACAUGGCCGCCAAGGGCACCAAGAUCCCCGGCGAUGCCGGCAUUCAGAACACGAUCCCCUCGGUCCCGGCUCCAGACCAGCUCCGCGACGCCGCGCCCACGGCCAACCCGCUCGGCAGCCGGCCGGACCAGGCCUCGGCGGGCGGCGCGCUCGACGCUGCGCGCAGCUUCCGUGAUGCCGGCAUGACGGGCGAGGUGACGACGGGCACGGGCGACGCACUGCCGGCCAGCAUUGAGUCCAAGCGCCUGGACUUCGACCAGACGCGCCACGCCCCCGGCGGCCACGGCCACUCCAGGGACACCAAGCUCGCCCAGCACAAGGAGGACUUCAGCCGGCUGGCUGCGCCCGGCGAGGGCGCUGGCGACGCCCCAGGUGACGCGAAAUGA